CAUCAGCGUCGCGAUUGGCCGGGCUAAUGUUUCCCGACAUGGAACAAGAAAAUGGCCUCACAGCAAUGGUGAUGGGGGUGGUUGUCAAGUUCUCGACCCUUUGUUGAGUGCUGCGGGCAAGUCUUCGUGGUGCUUCGCGUUCCCCGAAGAUGUCCAGUGCGGCGGCGAGGCCGCCGAGACAAAGUGUGCGCAAAACGCGGAAGAAGCCUCUGAAGCGCGCGGGGAUCACGUCCAGGGCGUUCGACGAAGAUGAACCUGCUGGUCACCCUCAGGAGUGUGCGGCUAGCGUGGAGCAGACGCUGGUGAGCGUGCUGGGUGGUGUGUGCACGGUGGGGGGGGGACCUCAGGGCAGCACCGGUGGGGGCGGCCACCAGCCCCCCUACGACCUGCGGCGCAAGCUGCCCCACGACGGAGCGCCCCCGUGCCCGCUGCCGCGCAAGCGCCAGCGUCGCACCCCGUCUUCCUCCCAGGGUGCCUCCUCCUCCUCCUCAUCUGAAGAUGGUAGCAGUGCGGCACACUACCUCCUGCUCGAGGUGCCAGAUGAGGUGCUGCUCACCAUCUUCUCGUACCUGCUGGAGCAGGAUCUGUGCCGGGUGGCACAGGUGUGCCGGCGCUUCCACGCCAUCUCCAAUGACACGGAGCUCUGGAAGACCCUGUACCAAAAUGUGUUUGAGUAUGACCUGCCCCUCUUCCACCCAGCACCGUGCAAGUUUGAGUUUGUAGCCCCUGAGGAGGCCGACUGUCCCAACCCCUGGAAGGAGAGCUUCCGACAGCUCUACCGCGGCAUCCACGUGCGGCCGCACUUCCAGGCGCAGUACGACGGCCAGCCGCAGAGGUAUCGCGGCCGGUCGCUGAGCUACUUUGAUACCAUAGAGACGGCAUUCAACUUCUGCGAGGAUGUCGAUCGGCCCGUUAUCUUCGUACACGCGGGCACGUACAAGGGGGAGUUUCUCAUCGUCGACACCGGUGUGGCGCUAAUCGGGGCAGCGCCUGGCAAUGUUGCUGAGCAUGUCAUCCUCGAGCGUGACUCGGACUCGACGGUCACCUUCGUGGAGGGUGCCCGUGGAGCCUACCUUGGAUACCUGACGCUCAAGUUCACGCCUGACAUUACGUCAUCAGUGCCGCACCACAAGCAUUACUGCCUGGAGAUCAACGAGAACUGCUCGCCAACGGUGGACCAUUGCAUCAUCCGGAGCACGUCGGUGGUCGGGGCAGCCGUGUGCGUCAGCGGGACUGGUGCCGAGCCCUGCCUGCGCAGCUGCGACAUCUCCGACUGCGAGAACGUGGGGCUGUACAUAACCGACUAUGCCCAGGGCAUCUAUGAGGAGAACGAGAUCAGCCGCAACGCCCUGGCAGGCGUGUGGGUCAAGAACCAUGCCAACCCCAUCAUGCGGCGCAAUCACAUUCAUCAUGGUCGCGAUGUUGGCGUGUUCACCUUUGACAAUGGCCUCGGCUACUUUGAGGCCAACGACAUCCACAACAACCGCAUUGCGGGCUUUGAGGUGAAGGCAGGUGCCAACCCGACGGUGGUACGCUGCGAGAUCCACCACGGCCAGACCGGGGGCAUUUACGUGCACGAAAGCGGACGGGGUCAGUUCAUGGAGAACAAGAUCCACUCCAACAACUUUGCCGGCGUCUGGAUCACGUCGCACUCCAACCCCACCAUCCGCCGCAACGAUAUCUACAAUGGCCACCAGGGUGGCGUCUACAUUUUUGGCGAGGGUCGGGGUCUGAUCGAGCACAACAACAUCCACGGCAACGCCCUGGCGGGCAUUCAGAUACGGACAAGCAGUGACCCCAUUGUGCGCUACAACAAGAUCCAUCACGGCCAGCAUGGGGGCAUCUAUGUGCACGAAAAGGGUCAGGGCCUCAUCGAGGAGAACGAGGUGUACGCCAACACACUGGCGGGCGUCUGGAUCACGACAGGCAGCACGCCUGUGCUGCGGCGGAACCGUAUCCACUCGGGCAAGCAAGUGGGCGUCUACUUCUACGACAACGGCCACGGCCGCCUUGAGGAGAAUGACAUCUUCAACCACCUUUACUCGGGCGUCCAAAUCAGAACGGGCAGCAACCCAAUCAUCCGUCGCAACAAGAUAUGGGGUGGCCAGAACGGCGGUGUGCUGGUCUACAAUGGUGGUCUCGGCGUGCUAGAACAGAAUGAAAUAUUUGACAAUGCCAUGGCUGGUGUCUGGAUCAAGACAGACAGCAACCCUACCUUGCGGCGCAACAAGAUCUACGAUGGCCGCGAUGGUGGCGUCUGCAUCUUUAACGGCGGCAAGGGCGUGCUCGAAGAAAAUGACAUCUUCCGCAACGCACAGGCCGGCGUGCUCAUAUCGACCCAGAGUCACCCUGUAUUGCGACGGAACCGGAUCUUCGAUGGCCUGGCCGCAGGUGUCGAGAUCACCAACAAUGCCACCGCUACGCUCGAGUUCAACCAGAUCUUCAACAACCGGUUUGGAGGCCUUUGCCUGGCAAGUGGCGUCCAGCCGAUUCUGAAAGGGAACCGCAUCUUUGACAACCACAAUGCAGUUGAGAAGGCUGUCACCAGUGGCCAGUGCCUGUACAAGAUCUCCAGCUACACCAGUUUUCCCAUGCACGACUUUUACCGCUGCAAGACGUGCAACACAACUGACCGCAACGCCAUUUGUGUCAACUGCAUCAAGACGUGUCACUCGGGUCAUGAAGUGGAGUUCAUACGGCACGACAGGUUCUUCUGUGACUGUGGCGCCGGCACCCUGAGCAACCAGUGCCAGCUCCAGGGCGAACCGACCCAGGACACAGACACCCUGUACGACUCGGCCGCUCCCAUGGAGUCGCACACCCUGUUGGUCAACUGAGCCGACACACGCAGGGACUCAUGACGUGACUACCAGUGUGUGUGUGCGCGCUCGCACGUGUUGUGCGUAGGGUGAACCGACCAAAGUGCCAAAAAAAAAAAAAAGAUACACGAGAGAACAGCCCGGUGUUCGGCCCCUUUUUAUUUAUUGGGGGGUGGAGACUCUUCCCCCUCCGCUCACCCCCGACAGCUGGCUCUGUCGCGCUAUGCAGUUGGCCUCUCCCCCCCCGCCCGCAACUAUGUGGUUUUGUAUCACCGCUGCCACCAAGUGUUGUAUCCCCCAUCCCCCAAUUGUCGUCACUGCCCUUGCCUCGGUCGUGUGUGUGCAGAGAGAGGCCGUGCCCUCGCCGGACUACAAAAAGACUGCAGCCGUCGGGCCAGCUUUCUCAUCCCCUUCCCUGCCCUUCGCAGUCUGCCAAGCCAUCGACGACGAUCCUGCAACGCCUGGUACUGCUCUACCCGAGUGAAUGAAGUGUUGUGCCGGUGACUGUUUUGCAUGCUCUUCAUGUACAACUAUUACCCAGUGUCUCUCUCCCCCCUUUUCUUUUCUCUUUCUGUGGCAGGACAGCUGCUGUGCAAGAGCUUCUUUUUAGUGCAGGAAGUUACGUGUCGUGUACUUCACAGGAGCAGUAAGGAUGGAUGGAGCCAUACGUUUGCUCAUAACACGUUAAGGUUACAAAAUACAGGGAAAAAAGAAAAAAAUGCUUGACUGGAAAGACUCCAGCCAGGAUAGCUUCUCUUAGGUUUAUUUUAUUGUUGUUCACUGAUGUGUUCUGUUUGGACUGCGAUCUAUCAAUGGCAUUUCAGUUUCCUUUUCUCUCUCUCCCCCGCAUAUCAUGUGUGUUAGGCUUCAGUGUGUCUUUUGGCAACUAUGGACAGAGACAUUCGCAGCCUGUGUUGUGUUUUUUGCCUGCUGUGGGCACGUGCAGAGAGUGCACGCUUUUAUGCCGAGAGAAUGCGAGCAGCUUGCCGUAAGCCGUGGUCAAGACUGUAGUUGAAUCUGCCAGGCAGUGCUUAAAUUGCAAGCUUGUUUUUGCAUAGCAUGUGUGAACGGCACAGCUACCAUUUUGACAGCACGACGCUCUGCGUGCAUUGAGGGCUCUUCUGCACCGCAGCCAAAGGGGAGGUGUUGAGUGAGAACAGUGCCAAAUACUGACAAUCACCUCCCAGCUUUGGGUGGGGCGCGAAAGAGCACCGAUACAUAAAGUGCAGCGAGUGUUUUGCCAUGUGAUGGCCUCUAUGUUGCUUAAGAAACAAACGAAUACUUCCCACAUUAUUUUUUUUUUCAUCUGGUGUACACACAUGUAGACAGUGAAAUGCAGUGAACAGUUGUGCAGUCAUUACGUUUGUAACAUAUUUGGCAUACCAACUAUUGUUAUGUUGAUUCAAGGUGUGUGUGUGUGUUUUGCACAGGUCUCGUAAAACGGUGUGAAAAAGUUGGAAGAUAGAAGCGUGUCGAAGAGAAUGGUGCCUAUGCAACGGUAGCUUUGAAGCGACUCUUUUGAGUGGGGUUCUACAAGAUGUGCUACAAACUUUUGUGUAUGGGACACUUCGCUCUGUGUGUUUGUGUGUGCACGUGAGGAAAUGGUGACUGGACCCCCCCGUUCCCCCCUGCCACUACUCCCAGCAGCAUACAGGAAAGACGAGGCACCAAGCUGCAAAGCCAUUGUAGUCGAGAGCACUGCACGCGCCACGAUCAAAGCGCCCUGGGCCGCCACCCACUGUGCUAACAAACGGUGCCGUAUCCAAACCAACGUUGUGGCCGUGAGAUUUCGCGCCCUGUUGUGGAAUGUGCCCGGGCCGCAACCUGGAAGUGCAGCCGUGCCCACAAUAAACACACGAAUGCCACGCUGUCUCAUGCGGCUGCUGUGUCUAUACCUUCGUGCAUUACAGUCGAGCCUCAUCGUAACAAAUGCAGAUAUAGCGAAUACAGUGAAUUGCAUCUAAAG